AUGUCGAACGUUACUUUUUAUAUUUCCAAUCUGUUGGAAAAAAUGACAUCCACUGACAAAGACUUUAGGUUCAUGGCAGCCAAUGACCUGAUGAUGGAGCUGCAAAAGGAUUCGAUCAAACUGGACGAGGAGAGCGAGAGGAAAGUCGUGACUAUGUUGCUCAAACUUCUGGAGGACAAAAACGGAGAAGUGCAGAAUCUGGCUGUCAAAUGUCUUGGUCCUUUGGUGGGAAAAGUAAAGGAGUGUCAGGUGGAGACAAUGGUGGAGACUCUUUGUUCAAACAUGAUGUCCAACAAGGAGCAACUGAGGGACAUUUCCAGCAUGGGCCUGAAAACUGUCAUUGCUGAACUGCCACCUUCAUCAACAGGUUUGAGCCUUACAGUCAGUGUAUGCCGAAAGAUCACAUCCCAGUUGAUUGGAGCAAUGGGAAUGCAAGAUGAUGUGUCCAUUCAGCUGGAGGCUUUGGAUAUUCUCUCCGAUAUGCUCAGCAGGUUGAGCACUGCUCUGGUGAGUUUCCAUCAGUCCAUCCUGACAAGUCUUCUCGCUCAACUAAUGAGUUCUCGUAUGGCCGUAAGGAAACGCUCCAUUAUUGCUCUGGGUCACCUGGUGCCCAGCUGUAGUCCUGCUCUGUUCACCCAGCUCACUGAGCACCUCAUGGGCGAACUGUCCCGUGGACCCCCAACUGCCAAUGUCCGCACUUACAUCCAAUGCCUGGCCACCAUCAGCAGACAAGGAGGACACCGGAUUGGUGAACACCUGGAGAAGAUUGUGCCCAUGGUGGUGAAGUUUUGUAAUGUGGAGGAUGAUGAGCUACGCGAGUUCUGCUUUCAAGCGUUUGAAGCUUUUGUUAGCAGAUGUUCAAAGGAAAUGUCCCCUCACAUCCCAACAAUUAUCAAGCUGUGUUUAAAGUACAUCUCCUACGACCCCAAUUACAACUAUGAUGCUGACGAUGAUGAGGAUGACAGUAUGGACAUUGAGGAUAGAGAGGAUGAAGAUCAGGAGUCUGACGAUGAAUACAGUGACGAUGAUGACAUGAGCUGGAAGGUGCGGCGUUCCUCUGUAAAAUGCUUGGAGGCGAUAAUCAGCAGCCGAAGGGAUCUGCUGGUGGAGCUCUAUGGAUCCGUAGGCCCGACAUUGGUGUCCCGCUUCAAAGAACGUGAGGAGAAUGUUAAGACAGACAUUUUCUCAGCAUUUGUGGCCUUGCUCAGACAGACCAGACAUCCUCACGGUCCCACUUUGGACACAGAGUCUAAAGAGGAGCCAGCGGUCACUCUUUUAAAGAAGCAGGUACCGACAAUAGUAAAAGCCUUACACCGACAGCUAAAGGAGAAAAGCAUGAGAUGUAGGCAAGGCUGUUUUAGUCUUCUGACAGAGAUGGCCAACGUAUUGCCUGGUGAACUAGGAGAGCACAUACCAGCCCUGAUUCCAGGUAUUAUCUACUCCUUGACAGACAAGUCAUCCUCCUCAAAUAUGAAGAUUGAUGCCCUUUCUUUCCUCAAUGUCCUCUUGAGUAGCCACAACCCAGAAGUCUUCCACCCACACAUUAGUGUCAUCUUAACACCAGUGAUUCAAUGUGUUGAAGAUCCAUUUUACAAAAUCACAUCCGAGGCUCUUCAAGUCACCCAGCAGAUUGUGAAACUAAUACGGCCACUGGAGAAGCCUGUCUCUUUUGAUGCUAAGCCUUACGUGAAGAACAUAUUUGCUUGUACCUCAAAGAGGUUGAAGGCAGCUGACAUUGACCAAGAGGUGAAAGAGCGGGCCAUUUUCUGCAUGGGCCACAUCUUGAGUCAUCUGGGCGACCACCUUGGUGCUGACUUACAGCCUACCUUGCAGAUAUUUCUGGAAAGGCUUAAAAAUGAAAUCACCAGGCUUAUCGCAGUAAAGACCUUGACUCUUGUAGCGUCCUCGCAACUUAAAAUUGACCUGAGACCCAUUUUGACUGAGGGGAUUCCAGUGCUUGGGUCCUUCUUGCGGAAAAACCAGCGAGUCCUCAAAUUGAAUACAAUAACAGUCCUAAACGUGAUAGUCACAAACUACAGCGACAGCUUUAAGCCCCCAUUGAUAGAGUCCAUACUGAGUGAGGUGCCUGCUUUGAUUCAGGAGAAUGAUAUGCAUAUCUCACAGGUAGCCAUAAACCUGAUCACCUGUAUGGCCAAAGUUUGCCCCUCCUCUCUGAGCAAGAUUGGGGGUACAAUCUUACCUGAAGUGCUUAACUUAGUCCAUUCUCCACUGCUACAAGGAGGUGCUCUUAAUUCAAUCCUACAAUUCUUCCAGGUUCUUGUAGCAACAAAGGCUAACAACAUGGGAUACAGUGAUCUUCUGAAAGCUUUGAGGGGGCCUUUUUAUGAUUCAAAGUCGGCUGACUCCAUGUCUGUGCAUAAACAGUCCUACUACUCGGUGGCCAAAUGUGUAGCAGCGUUGUCUUCGGUCUGUCCUAAAGAAGCUUCUGGAUUGGUCUCUAACUUAAUCCAGGAUGUCAAAAACCCCAAAUCAUCAGAGCCUGUGAGGAUCCUUUCAUUGCUUUGUCUUGGGGAAAUCGGACGUUUUAUGAAUUUUGAAGGGCAGAAGGAGUUGAAGGGAGUCAUAAUGGAAGCAUUCGGUUCUCCUAGCGAAGAAGUCAAGUCUGCAGCAUCUUUCGCCCUGGGAAAUAUUUGUGUUGGAAACUUAGGGGAAUAUCUUCCGUUUAUGCUCAAAGAGAUAGGCAGCCAGCAGAAGAGACAGUACCUGCUUCUGCACUCCCUCAAGGAGAUGAUCAGCGCUCUGUCAGCCGAAAGUCUCAAACCUCAUGUGGAAAACAUCUGGGCUCUGCUGUUCAAGCACUGUGAAUGUGCAGAGGAGGGUACUCGCAAUAUUGUAGCCGAAUGUCUGGGAAAACUCACAUUGGUCAGCCCAUCUGAACUUCUGCCAAGGCUAAAGAAACAACUGUCCUCAGGGUCCCCUCUUUCACGCAGUACUGUUGUAACUGCAGUAAAGUUCACCAUUGUUGACCACCCUAUGCCUAUUGACUCACUCCUCAAAGGAUGCAUUGGUGAUUUUCUGAAAACACUCCAGGAUCCUGACCUCAAUGUUCGGCGAGUGGCUUUAGUUAUGUUGAAUUCUGCUGCCCACAAUAAACCUUCCUUAAUUCGUGGACUUUUGACAUCACUCCUUCCACAUCUAUACAAUGAGACGCAGAUCAGGAAAGACCUCGUUCGAGAGGUUGAGAUGGGUCCCUUCAAGCACACAGUAGAUGAUGGGUUGGACGUCCGUAAAGCGGCGUUUGAAUGCAUGUACACUCUGCUGGACAGCUGCCUGGACUGUUUGGACAUCUUUGAAUUUCUGAACCAUGUUGAGGAAGGCCUGAAAGACCACUACGAUAUUAAAAUGCUGACCUUCAUUAUGCUCGCAAGACUUUCGAAAUUGUGUCCAACUGCUGUCGUACAAAGGCUGGAAAGAUUAGUGGAGCCACUAAAAGCUACUUGCACUACAAAGGUAAAGGCCGGUUCAGUGAAGCAAGAAUUUGAGAAGCAGGAAGAAUUGAGGAGAUCUGCCAUGCGUGCUGUCGCCGCUCUGCUGUCCAUCAGUGAAGUGGAAAAAAGCCCUGCCAUGGCAGACUUCGCCAAUCAGAUCAGAAGCAAUGCAGAGAUGGCCACUAUCUUCGAGAGCCUUCAAGGAGACCCCUUAGCAGGAGCUGUGGAAUCAAUGGACACCAGUUAG